CAGCUGGCCGGUGAAACACAGGGACGGGCAAAAGAUCUCCCCUUGUAAACAGGGCACACAAGUUUUGAGCCGGACGGAUUCUUUACGAACCGGUACAAAGACACGCGUCACCACGGACGGAACUUUUAGCGUUUAUUAUAAGGAGCGCGCUUGCGAUUAUUAUUUCUUUCUACGCGUUAUUAAUACAAUAUUCUUUAUCGUUGCAUUCUUAUUGGUGACAUAAGACUGCGAUUGCGUAUCGCAUCAGGGGUGCAGUUUGUUAUCGAAUCCGCUAAAUACCCAAUAAGAAUAACAAUAAUAAAUUCGCUCGCGCAUUUAAAGCGAAAGCUCUCACGUGGGAUUUCAAGAAGAUCGCGAACUUUCAAACUCAUCGCUAUGGUCCUCUCGUGACGAGGUUUUAUCGCACGGACGUUUUCGUUCAUUAUUGACAGUAUUCGGAGCGACCCAAUCUCCAAGUUGGACAUGUUCAGGGGAUUUUCGCGCUGGGAAUGAAAACACGCAGUGCUGUUCUGUUAUUAGAGAACCAAACUUUCAUUCAAUCAAGUUCUGUCGUUGAACGAUCUUGAGGGGCGAAGCGCCUCGUUUAGAUCUACAAGAUCUAACGCCAUACGGGAUCGUUCGUGAUCUCUUCCCCGCGCGAACGGAGCUACACCGUAUCGGCUGUUACAGCAAAAGUGUUACAGGAUAGCAUGGCAAUGGUAGUAAAUCAGUGGCAGGAGAACAUUUCGGCCGAUCCCGGGUCCCAGCUGCAGAUCUGUAGUCAGGAGCCGGGCGGGACCCCGGGAACACCCUCGGGUUCGACGCCGGGCAACGACGCGCUCUCCGGGGACAAAAUUCCCAACGUGGACUGCAUGGUGUGCGGGGACAAGUCCAGCGGCAAACACUACGGCCAGUUUACCUGCGAGGGCUGCAAGAGCUUCUUCAAGCGCUCGGUGCGACGGAACCUGAGUUACACCUGCCGGGGGAACCGCGACUGUCCCAUCGACCAGCACCACCGGAACCAGUGCCAAUACUGUCGACUGAAGAAGUGCUUAAAAGUCGGAAUGAGGAGAGAGGCUGUUCAAAGGGGUCGAAUGUCCAACUCACAGACCAGUCCCGGACAGUAUCUGAGCAACGGAGGAGACCCGUAUAACGGGCAGCCGUAUCUCUCUGGCUUCAUCUCUCUGCUCCUGCGGGCCGAGCCGUACCCCACCUCACGUUACGGAGCCCAGUGCAUGCAAUCCAACAACCUAAUGGGCAUCGAAAAUAUAUGUGAACUGGCCGCCCGUUUGCUCUUCAGUGCGGUGGAAUGGGCGAAGAACAUCCCUUUCUUUCCUGACCUACAGCUCAUGGACCAGGUGGCGCUUUUACGCAUGUCGUGGAGUGAACUGUUCGUUCUGAACGCUGCGCAAUGUUCUAUGCCGCUGCAUGUAGCGCCUCUGCUGGCCGCCGCUGGUCUGCACGCCUCCCCCAUGUCGGCCGAGCGGGUGGUGGCCUUCAUGGACCACAUACGUGUCUUCCAAGAACAGGUGGAGAAACUGAAAGCUCUUCAGGUAGACACUGCCGAGUACUCGUGUCUGAAGUCCAUUGUGCUCUUCACUUCUGAUGCCAUGGGUCUAUCUGAUGUAGCCCACGUGGAGAGCAUCCAGGAGAAGUCCCAGUGCGCUCUUGAGGAGUAUGUGCGGAACCAGUACCCCAAUCAACCCAACCGGUUUGGCCGUCUGUUGUUGCGGCUGCCGUCCCUGCGCAUCGUUUCCUCUCCCGUCAUCGAACAGCUUUUCUUCGUACGCCUGGUAGGCAAAACGCCAAUCGAGACCCUUCUGCGGGACAUGCUGCUAUCAGGCUCGAGCUACAACUGGCCUUACAUGCCCGUCCAGAGAGAUCGGCCCAUCUCCCUCCAUUACAACGAGAAUGGGCCCUGAUCCCGUCCCCUGCCACCGUAGGGUCAUGGCUGAUACAGAGGAUCUGAUGGUAAGCCACGCCCCUUUCUGCCACAUCGUCACUACUCACUUAUAUGAAGCACCAGCCGUUUGUUUUGCCAAUGAGAGUGGAGCACACCGCUCGCACCGGACGGUUGGACACUGUUACUCUUUCACGCAGAGGUUCUGUAAUGGAGGAGCGUGCCAAAUGUGCGGCGUCCAAUACUGAUUUUGACUCAAACAGAAGCCAUUAAAUGCAAGGCCGACAUUUUUACCAGAAAUGCUGUUGAAAUUAGUUGGACGUUUAAAGAAAAAGACGAGAUUCUGGUCAAAUUGAAACUGUUUUCCCAGCUUCUGAAUUUGAGGCGAACAAGGUUUGUUACGGCCUCAGUAAACGUGAAAGACUCUCACAAGGCUCAGAGAGAAAACCAUUGCCAAAGCAGAACAGGCAACUGAACUCCAAACUGGAGGAAUUUUGUGGACCUAAUGACUGAGGUGAAAUUUUGUUUGUCUUGUUGAUUUUAUUUUCAUUUAGGUCUCUGAUAAAGUGGGAAAACUUGAAAGAGGCACUUGAAACCAGCCAGAUACCCUCAUUAUAUGUGCUCUUCUCAGCUACGUCCAAAUAUUCAGCGAAUCCAGAUGAAAUGUCAUCUUGUCAUGCACAACAUAUUGUGUGCUAGAUACAGGUGUUUAUCUCCUGUAGAUUGAGGAAAACACUUUAAGGUGAAAUAGGGUAUUCUGGGACAUCGAGAAUAUGGGAAAUAUUGUCACUAACAUUAACAUGUUAUCACAAAUGGGUAGGUUGUCACAAAUGGCAAAAAAUGCCCCAGGUCACCCUAAUUUACCCUAAACCAAUAAACUCAAGACCUCAAUAAUGCCAACCGUCUGCCUUUGAUGACCAGAUAUAUUGUGUAGCACAGGUAUUAUCAAGUAUUUUGGUUACUUUCUUGACGUUUGGAUCUGUUUAAACCCCGUUUUCACAUUUUUUAACAUGGCACUACAGCUUUUAAGGCAGAGUUCGGAUAUAUAAGCCAUUGGGACCUUUGAAAGCAGGACCUGUUGUAUUAGUUCACAGAAUAUUUCUAUAAAAGUAUGUUUGAUUUCUGUAUUUUAGGUUUGGAAUAUGAAUUCAUGAAAUAAAAUCUGUCAUG